AUGUUGCAGCCCUUCAGGUAUGGAAUUUCUGGAGGAGAUUUCCGACAAAGAGCCUUGACAAAGCUAACAGUUAUCAACUCACUGCUUGGACGUCCCUUCCCUCAGCAUUUACACGUAAAAGUUGGAGACAAAGCUGAGCUUACAAAAGCUUUUACACAGAAUGAUGUUGUUACUUUUUCUGAUUUAACAGGUGACACAAAUCCUUUGCAUUUAAAUGAAGAUUUUGCAAAGAAAUCUAGGUUUGGGAGAACUAUUGUGCAUGGAGUUUUGAUCAAUGGACUUAUUUCUGCAGUUCUGGGUACUAAAAUGCCCGGUCAAGGUUGUGUGUUCCUUUAUCAGGAGAUCCGAUUUCCAGCUCCUUUGUAUACUGGUGAAGAAGUCCUAGCUGCUGCGGAAGUUAAACGACUGAAGGGUUCUAUUGCACACAUUUCAGUAUCAUGCAAAGUCAAAGAAAGUGGAAAGACUGUUAUGGAAGGGAUGGUGAAAGUCAUGGUGUCGGAUAGUUAG